UGCCAAGUUUGAAGUUUGAACACGAGAGAAAGACAAAUAUUGUACGCCACAGUAGUGACCACAUUCCAUGUAAGAGAAACAGUACAGAACCAUAUAAAACCCCCCAACAUUUCCUUCUAAUUUCCUCCACACUCCUUCACUCACAAUAUCACACACCUAAACCACCAAAACCUUCCUUUAACCUCCAAUGGCGGAAAUCGACGGCAACACUCUAAUCGCCAAAACCCUAGCACACUCCGGCGUAACCCACAUCUUCGGCGUCGUCGGAAUCCCCGUUACAUCCGUCGCAACUCGCGCAGUUGCUGAAGGCAUCCGCUUCAUCGCCUUCCACAACGAGCAAUCCGCCGGUUACGCCGCCUCUGCUUACGGUUACCUCACCGGAAAACCCGGCAUCCUCCUCACCGUUUCCGGGCCGGGCUGCGUUCACGGGCUCGCCGGGCUAUCCAACGCCGCCAUCAACACAUGGCCCAUGCUCCUCAUGUCGGGCUCCUCCGAUCAACGUGAUUCCGGCAAAGGAGACUUUCAGGAGCUCGAUCAAAUCUCAACCGUUAAACCCUUUUCCAAAUUCUCCGUCAAACCCACCUCAAUUUCCGAAAUCCCCAUCUCCAUCCUCCGGGCCCUAAACCGGGCCGUAUCGGGCCGGCCCGGUGGGUGCUACUUGGACCUCCCCACGGACGUGCUGCAUCAGACAGUGUCGGAGUCUGAUGCAGAGGGUAUUAUUUUGAAAGCCGAAGAAACUUUGAGAAAUGAAUCCUAUGAAAUGUGUGAUUUUGUUGCGUUGGAGUCUGAUGUUGCGAAGGCGGUAAUGGCGUUGAGGGAGGCGAAGAGGCCGUUGAUUGUGUUCGGAAAGGGGGCAGCGUAUUCGAAAGCGGAGGAGGAAUUGAUGAAAUUGGUGGAGAGGACUGGAAUACCAUUCUUGCCUACUCCUAUGGGGAAGGGAUUGAUCCCUGAUACUCAUCAAUUGGCGGCGACAGCGGCGAGAUCACUUGCAAUUGGACAAUGUGAUGUUGCUGUUGUAAUUGGGGCGAGGUUGAAUUGGUUGCUUCAUUUUGGGGAGCCUCCUAAGUGGGAUAAGGAUGUGAAGUUUAUAUUGGUUGAUGUUUGUAAGGAGGAGAUUGAGCUUAGGAAGCCUUAUUUGGGGUUAGUUGGGGAUGCUAAGAAAGUGGUGGGUUUGAUUAAUAAGGUGAUCAAGGAUGAUCCUUUUUGUUUAGGAAGGAAUCAUCCUUGGGUUGAGUCGAUUUCAAAGAAGGUUAAGGAUAAUGUGUCUAAGAUGGAGGUUCAGUUGGCUAAGGAUGUUGUUCCCUUUAAUUUUUUUACUCCUUUGAGGAUCAUUAGAGAUGCUAUUAUUGGGUUGGGGAGUCCUGCACCUGUGUUGGUUUCGGAAGGGGCGAAUACGAUGGAUGUUGGCCGAGCUGUGUUGCUUCAGACGGAGCCUAGGACGAGGUUGGAUGCCGGUACUUGGGGAACAAUGGGGGUUGGUUUAGGUUACUGCAUUGCAGCUGCUGUGGCUUGCCCUGAUCGCUUGGUGGUUGCUGUUGAAGGGGAUUCUGGUUUUGGGUUUAGUGCUAUGGAAGUUGAGACAGUUGUCCGUUAUCAGCUGCCUGUUAUAGUUAUAGUCUUCAACAACAAUGGUGUAUAUGGCGGUGACCGGAGAAAUCCCGAAGAGGUCACAGGACCUCACAAAGAUGAUCCUGCCCCAACUUCCUUUGUCCCCGAGGCAAAAUACCAUGUCUUGAUUGAAGCUUUUGGAGGGAAAGGUUAUCUUGUCAGGGAUCCCGCUGAACUGAAGGCGGCCUUGGAUGAAUCUUUCUCAGCAAGGAAGCCCGCUGUUAUAAACGUCAUAAUUGAUCCUUACGCUGGUGCAGAAAGUGGGAGGAUGCAGCACAAGAACUGAGGUAUAAUAAGCAUUUGCUGAAUGAAAGAUGCAUUUUUUUCUUCCCUUCUUUACUAAAAAAAAAUUGUGAAAUGCAGUAGCUGGUGCCCUUAAAAUUAUAUCGGAGGGCAGCAUAUCACAAAGCUUAAUUGUAAUAAGUUGUUAUAGGAAGUAUAAAUCUGUAUUUAGUAGUGUUUUAUAGGGAUUGAGAUUCGGAUGUAUACUAAUGUACACUAGCAAUACAUUAUUAAAGCUGAGUGUUUGCAGAAAAAAAAAGUUUGUUGAAGCAAGUAUUUUUGUAUGGGACAUUAUGCUUACUUAAUGUACACCAGUUUAAUUCA